CUUCCUUCUCUCUCUCUCUCUCUAGAAUUGAUUUUGUGUUCUUGAAGAUCUCCACGGUUUCAUUUCUCAAAUUUUAAUAUCAAAUUUCUGAUUCUUAUUAUAUUUCAAUGUCUUGCAAUGAUUCCGAUUCGUCCUCUCACGGCGGAGAGUAUAGGAAUUUUCGUCAGAUCAGCCGCGAUAGAUUGCUGCAUGAAAUGCUCAAAUCCUCAUCAGGAGACACUAGAUCAAGUUGGAAGGUGCUUAUCAUGGAUAAAGUUACCGUGAAAGUUAUGUCUGCUUCAUGCAAGAUGACAGAUAUCACAGAUCAAGGAGUUUCCUUGGUGGAAGACAUUUUUAAGAGAAGGCAACCUAUGCCAUCUAUGGAUGUUAUCUAUUUCAUUCAACCAAUUAAGGAGAACAUUAUCAUGUUUUUAUCUGACAUGUCGGGAAGAGAACCGUUAUACAGGAAAGCAUUUGUGUUUUUUAGUACCCCCGCACCAAAGGAUUUAGUAAGUCGAUUAAAGAGUGACAUGAGCGUUUUACCACGCAUUGGUGCGCUAAGAGAGAUGAAUCUGGAAUACUUUCCUAUCGAAAGUCAGGCAUUUACAACUGAUCAUGAUAAAGCUCUAGAAGAUAUGUACAGUCAGCUUGCGGAGAAUUCCCGCCAAUUUGAGGCUGCGUUGAACACAAUGUCUACUCGCAUUGCUACUGUUUUUGCUUCAAUGAAGGAACUUCCAUUUGUAUGGUACCGUGCAAAGGGGAUGGAUGGAUCUAGUGCCGCAACAUUCCGUGAUUUAGUGCCCGUAAAGCUUGCUUCUGCUGUCUGGAACUCCAUUUCAAUGUAUAAAACUACAAUUGCUAAUUUCCCGCAGACCGAAACAUGUGACCUUGUCAUUGUGGAUAGAUCUCUUGAUCUGAUUGCACCCAUCAUACAUGAAUGGACGUAUGACGCAAUGUGCCAUGAUCUGCUAGACUUGGAAGGGAAUAAAUACGUGCAAGAGGUCCCUGGUAAAUCUGGUAGCGAGACUCAGAGAAAAGAGUUCCUUUUGGAAGACCAUGAUGCAGUUUGGCUUGAAAUGCGCCAUUUACACAUAGCUGAAGCUAGUGAAAAAUUGAGCGACAAGAUGCAAAAUUUUGUGUCGAAAAACAAAGCUGCACAAUUACAACAAAGAGACGGGGGUGAUUUAUCUACACGAGAGAUACAGAAGAUGGUUCAAGCUUUGCCUCAAUAUAAUGAACAAAUGGAGAAGCUCUCACUCCAUGUAGAGAUUGCUGGAAAAAUCAACAAAAUUAUCAGAGAUGAAGCGCUCAGAGAUCUUGGUCAAGUUGAGCAGGAUCUUGUAUUCGGUGAUUCUGGGACAAAGGAAGUCAUUAACUUUUUAAGGAUGCAUCAGGACUCGAGACCCCAAUACAAGUUGAGACUAAUAAUGAUUUAUGCUAUGGUAUACCCCGAAAAGUUUGAGGGUGACAAAGCAACAAAGCUUAUGCAGUUGGCAAAAUUGCCUCCGGAGGAUAUGAAGGCGAUACAAAAUAUGAGAUUGCUUGAGGGAUCGAACAAAAAAAAGAAACACCAUGGAGCCUUCUCCCUUAAGUUUGAUGCUCAAAAGAGGAAUAACGCAUUAAGAAAGGAUAAGACGGGAGAAGAGGAAACAUGGCAACUCUCCAGAUUUUAUCCUAUGUUGGAGGAUUUGCUUGAAAAAUUAGCCAAACAUAAUCUGGAAAAGGAUGAGUACCAAUGCAUGAACAAUCCAAGUAAUCAAAGUUCUUCUAGUAGCGGCACGCAUGACACAUCAGCAAGGAGUGGGUCAGCGAGUCAUCCAAAUUCAAGGAGAUCAAGAAGGACCGCCACAUGGGCAAAGCCCCGUCCAGCUGAUGGACACUCGAGCAAUCCGGGAGGUACUAAGGACGUGAAACACAUGGGACAACGUUUAUUUGUUUUUAUCAUCGGUGGGGCCACCAGAUCCGAGUUGCGUGUUUGUCACAAACUCACUGAUAAACUAAAAAGAGAGGUUAUACUAGGUUCGACUAGUAUCGAUGAUCCACCACAAUAUAUAUCGAAAAUUAAGUUGCUGUAACCUUGGAGCUGGAGAUUGUGUAUGGUUGGUUAGUCCUACAGGCACACUAGACUAGCUUGCACAAAUCUUGAUAUACUGACAAUAUAGAAGGAAAAAUGAACCUGCAGAGUAAGUAUAUGUUUUAUUCGGGAUGGACGUUCGAACUUGAGUUGUAUUACUCCACUAAUAUGAACGAUUUUGAGUUCGAAGUAUAUUGAUUUCUUGACCUUAAA